AUGCAAAGAGGAAGACAACUAAAGAAACCAGUACAUGUCAUGGCUGAACCACCAAAACCCGUGAUCAAACCAGUGUUCACUUAUAAGAAGGGGGAGGUCGAUUCAGCUCUGCAGCCUUAUUCUACAACUUCCGUCCUAGUUACACCUCCUUCGAAUGAUGAAGCUGUGCAUGGUGGAUGGAUACCCUGGUGGAGCAACUGGUAUGGACCAAUGGGAUUUCCAUGGUUUGUAAGAGGCGAUGGACCAACAGCUCCCGUCGCAGGAACCCCUGCUGAGUGCCACCGUUGA